AUGAGGGAUCGGCCCGUCAUCAGCAUCGAAAAUUACACCAUAUACUGCGGCGAUGCUGAUGAGAAGAAAGUGGGUGGCUGCGCGAUAGCUGUGAGGAACGAUUACAAGAACCUGGUGGAGAAAUUUGGCUCAACGUCGUCUAGAUGCGCCUUUCUACGUCCACUGCGGGAUCGCAGAGGACGUAAACUCUGGAUCGUAAGUGCUCACGCACCUACGGAAACUGCUGAAGACAACAGUAAGGACGCCUUCUAUGAUGAACUCAAUGCGUUGAUGUCUAAAAUACCAAGCCAGCAGGUGGUCAUUGUCGGAAUCGACGCAAAUGCGAAGAUGGGACUCGAACAGCAAUCCGAUCUGCUAGGAAAAUGGUACUAUGCAGCGGAGCGCACGUCGGACAACGGUGACCGUCUGGUCGACUUGUGCGAACAGACGGGCCUCAUCAUCGCUUCCACGUUUAAGAGGAAUCCUCGACGCCAUCAGCUCACGUGGCAGGGGUCAACCCUUUUAACGCCUGAAGAGCAGCGCAAGCGGAAGAUGAGGACUCUUAAACUUCAGCUCGACUACGUUCUGGCGAGGAACAUUUCUCAGUCAGAUAUCCGAAAAUGUAGAGCUAUUUGGGACGUCGCGUUCGACUCUGACCACCGUCCAGUUCUUCUCAGCUUCAAGAUACGGUUCCACAAGAGAAACCGAGGAGUUCCUCUUCAACCGAAAAUCGACAUGGCAGGUCUGAAAGACGAUGAAUGCAGAAGAAAAUUCCGCCAACGUGUGUCUAUUCAUGUUGGAGUAUGGACCAGAAAGAAGCUUAGCGAUGCGGAUUCCUUCACAAAGUGCAUCCAGGACGCUGCAGGGGAAACGCUCCCGGUUCUAUUGCCGCGGAAGAAGUUUGCUUUUGCAUCUGCGGAAACAAAAUCCACAUACAAUUCUGUAUUUGACGCGCGCAGCGCUGGUGACUUCAACCAGGAAAAGCGUCUUAGAAAGAAGCUGCGUCGUCAACUGCAACAAGACCGCGAUAACGAGUGGACGUCAAGAGCGAUGGAGUUUGAGAAGGCGUGGGAGGACAGGAACCCGCGGAAAGCCUACGCUCUACUAAAACAGUAUAGCGGCAAAAUGAAAAGAUGUUCCCAUGUCCUCAACACUGCUAAUGGGGUAGCUGUCGGUGAAGCAACCCUUCCAAUUUGGAAGGAACACUUCAAGACCUUGCUGAACCGGCUAGCAUCGUCAGCUCCUGAACUCGAACACGUUCAUAGACCGACAUAUGCGGUUAACGAGGAGCCACCGACCGACUCGGAGGUCCUGGUCUUUACUCAGAAAAUGAAGAAUGGAAAAUCUGGUGGAGACGACGGGAUUAGCGCAGAAAUGCUAAAAUAUCUUCCUUCAUCUGGGAUUCGUGAGAUGACAAUCCGUUCAAUAUGGAUAAACGAAAGAAUACCUGAUUCGUGGAGGCACGCUAUCAUAAUUCCCCUCCACAAGAAGUUAUCCGUCACGGACCCAAGGAAUUAUCGAGGAAUCUCUUUGCUGCGUGUUAUGUACAAGGUACUGGAGCGCAUUAUCCUGAACCGACCCAUUAAACAUCGCGAAGAAACAACGCGCGACAAGCAAGCUGGCUCUCGUAGGUGGCCGAUCUACGAUUGA